GAGAGCCAGCAGAAUGUAUCAUAAUAAAAGGAUAUUGUGGUGCCACGUUGUUAUAACAAGUAUGCUGAUGUGUAUUCUAUUUGAGAAUACCAAAGCAAUCGUAGGAAUUGACGAAUGUCAAGCAACUCCUGUGAUACACUUUCUUCAAUAUCCAGGCUGUAUUCCAAAACCAAUACCUAGUUAUGCUUGCAGAGGACGCUGUAGCAGCUAUCUACAGGUGUCCGGAUCGAAAAUUUGGCAAAUGGAAAGAAGCUGCAUGUGUUGUCAAGAAAGCGGCGAAAGGGAGGCUAGUGUAUCCCUUUUCUGUCCGAAAGCAAAACCAGGAGAAAGAAAAUUCCGAAAGUUGAGUUUAUUUUUUUAAACUCUUUAUUGAAUUUAAAAACUUCUCGCGAAACGCCAUAAACUUUUUAAAUUCGAAUCGAUGUGUCGUUUUCACAUUGAUGUUAACAGCAAACCGUUUGACACCACGAGUUUUGUACCGCCAUAUUGUUUUCGUGUAGAAACGGCCAGUACUGAAGGUAUAGAAGAUGACGAUCGCGGGAAUUUCAAACGAUAAUUAAAUACGCGCCUCGUGAUGAACUUUAAAAAAAUAAUUUUUCAAUAAUAUCUUUUUUUUUACAAAAUUCAAUCCAUAAUUGUUGUUUUCGAAUUUGAAAAUUCAAUUAACAUUGAAAAUAUAUCGAGAAUAAUUUCUCUUAUGUUUUAAAAACAUUU